ACAUGGCGGCGGGAGGAGUCGCGGGUGUCGCGAGCCUCAGGAUUUAAAGCAGCGGCCCGUCCCACUACCUUGAGAACUUCCCGGCCAGUUUUGGGCACGCAUUUCCCCCUUGUGGUCUCAUUCAUUUUCUCCUUGGUUUGCUCAGCUCCCCCAAUACCCGGCCGCCAUGAGGGAAAAGGGCCGCAGGAAGAAGGGCAGGACCUGGGCAGAGGCCGCCAGGACGGUUCUAGAGAAAAAUCCCAAUACACCUAUGAGCCAUAAAGAGAUCCUUCAGGUUAUCCAGAAGGAAGGACUGAAAGAGAUCAGAAGUGGGACUUCUCCUCUUGCAUGUCUGAAUGCUAUGCUGCAUACCAAUUCCCGUGGGGAUGAGGGCAUUUUCUAUAAGGUCCCAGGAAGGAUGGGUGUCUACACACUGAAGAAGGAUGUUCCAGAUGGGCUGAAAGAACUGUCUGAAGGCUCAGAAGAGAGCAGUGACAUCCAGUCGGAUUCCCCCACCUCAGAAAACAGCAGUAGCAGCAGUGACAGAAGCAGUAACAAGGAAGGGAGGAAAAGCAGGUGGCGAAGGAAAGUAUCAACCAGACUCUCACAAGUGUCCUCGCCCCAGCCAGGCUGCCCAUCUCCUUCUAUUCCACCAGGUAAAGUCAUCUCAUCAUCUCAGAAGCACAGCAAAAAAGCACUCAAGCAGGCUCUGAAGCAGAAGCAGCGGAAGCAGCAGCAGUGCCGAGCCAGCUUGCCCGUCUCCUCCACCCACCUCCUCCUGCAGCAGCACACAAAAGCCAUCAGCCACUCUGCCCCUGCAAAACCUGCCUGGGAAGGAAAACAGUCAGAUGGACAUUCAAGUAGUCCGCAGAAUUCAACUUGUAGUUCUUCUCCCUCUGUUAAAGCUGAGCCCGCUCUCCCAGUCCUGGGGAAGAAGCCAUUCCAGAGAUCUGAACGGCUCCAUGCAAGGCAGCUGAAGAGGACAAAAUGUGCUGAAAUUGAUGUGGAGACCCCAGAUUCCAUCCUGGUGAACACCAACUUGCGGGCCUUGAUCAACAAGCUCACGUUCUCUCUUCUACCAGCUGACUGUCAGCAGCGGCUGCUCCUGCUGCUUCCUGAAGUGGACAGGCAGAUUGGGAUGGAUGGACUGCUGAAGCUUAGCAGUUCUGCCCUCAACAAUGAGUUCUUCACUUCUGCUGCCCAAGGGUGGAAAGAACGGCUGUCAGAAGGGGAGUUCACUCCUGAAAUGCAGCUGAGACUUCGACAGGAGCUAGAGAAGGAGAAGAAAGUGGAACUGUGGAAGGAACACUUCUUUGAGAGCUACUAUGGACAGAGUUCUGGGCUGAGUCCUGAAGAAUCCAAGCAACUGACAUCCUGCAUCCCUGCUGCUCCGCCACAGGCUAGAAAUUCAGCAGUUCAGCUGCAGCAGUGCAUGCCCGUCUCUGUAGCUGUAUCAAGCAAAGAGGCGGCUCCAAAAGCACAGGAUCCGUUGGUAUCACUGCCACCAGCAGCAGCGGCAAGCAAAGAAGAGGAGGAGAAGCAAGUUCAGAAGCCGCCAGAGCUUGUAAGCUCCUCAGAUAGCAGUCUGCUCUCCAGAUCCAGUGACCAAGCUCCCCACGGGCCUUCCACAGGGAUUGAGGAGCCAGGAAGGGCCCACUUGGAAUCUGCAGUGAAAGAUGAUUCAAGCAAACCAAAGAGUCCAGCAGCUGCUGUCAUUGAAGCAACUCCAGAAGACUCUCAGGAGACACCUGCCAAGGAGGCCUCUGUCACUGGCACAGAACAGAUGGACAUUGGAGUCCAGGGUCUCAAGAGGAAAUCGGAGAGUCCUGAACAGGCAUUGACUACACCAGAAAAACGGCCCCAUGUUGCAGAGAACAGCCACUCCAGCCCACAUUUUCAAAGCCCUCCGCAGCCCUUUCCAGCAGCGCCCGUGCCAAAGGUCCCGCCGCUCAGGAUCCCUGUCUCCAAGAUCUAUGGAUCUUCACUGCCAUUUCCUGCCAGCCAGGUCUCUCCCAGGUCCAGUUUCCCUUGCACCAUCUCAAGUCCCAGGAGAACUGGUGUCAGGACCCUGGCAGACAUCAAGGCCAGAGCCCAAAUGGCCAGGGCCCGGCGAGCAGCAGCCACCGCCGAAGCAGCAGCUUCCAUUGCUGCUACUGCUGCCUCCAUUGUGGGAGCCAUCCCAGGCCCGGGCCCAGGAGGAGGGGGGAAAGGAGAGGAGAGGGACAGUCCAACAUCAGGGGAGCCCCAUGGAACUGCAACCCCAGCAAACACAUCAGACCUGGCAGGCACUGGAAGUGGGGCAGGUCCAAGAAGGCCUUUGCCCUCCGGCCAGGGUUCCUGGGCCCCAGCGGAAUCUCCGCAAACGGAGCAGGUGGCUCCCUGCAGUACUGCAAGAACACAGCUACAGCCGGUUCCCUCCCUGCAACCCAGAACUCCAGACAACUGCCCUGGCAAAGAGACACCAUCAGCCACUCAACCAACAGUAGUGAACAUAGGCCCCUUGACAGCCUUGGCAAGCCAAGGUGGCAGGGCUUCUUUGAGCUUGAGUUGUGGCCUUGUGCCAGGAAUGGAUCAGCCUGGUAAAACCCCUUCUACUCUCAGCCAGCCUGCAAAAGUAUUCUGUGAUCCAGAGCCCAGGCCAGCCAGCAAAAGUCUACCUGAGGCAGUGCUUGCCACCAGCACAAGUGUUUUACAAGGCACAGCACACUCACCUUCUCUGUCUCAGUUGUCUGCCGUGCCCUUCAAGGCACCGCCUCUCCCUAGCCCUUCGGCUGCCACUGUGGCAACCCCCACUAUGGCUGCCCCCUCCUGUAGCACUUUGUUAGUUGCCCACGGCCUUAAAGUGCCCCCAAGCACAUUGGGAGCAACUGAAAUUGGGCCUCCCCCAAAGACAAGCUCCAGCAUUCCUGCAAAUAACCCCCUGGUUGCUCAGUUACUUCAAGGCAAAGAGGUCCCGAUGGAGCAGAUCUUGCCCAAGCCUUUCACUAGAGUUGAGAUGAAGACCAUCCCAUUCCCUGUGAAGGAUCACAAAGAGUCAGUAAUACGAGCCAGGCUUGGCGACAGGCAGCCAUACCUGGUCCCACUGCAGCACUGUGGGAAAGCAGGCUUCAAUCAGAGUAGGCAGCAGGUACCCCAUAGUGUACAGCCGUUUCCCCCCUUCAAAGGCCAGGAGCCAUGGAAUACCAAUGCUGACUUGUACCCCAGCCCAGAAGCCUUGGGACAGGGAGCCCAUGAGCAUAUCCUCCAAGCCCUGCUGCAAAGAGUGUCAAGGCAGAAUCUGCCCUCUCCCACUGCGCCACCUUCCCAGCUCGCUCUCCUGCCUCCAGACUUUCCAGUGGAAAGCAGCUCCACCAGCCAGAGCUUCAUGCUGGGUUUCACAGGGAGGAGGACAUCCAAGCCUGCGAUGUCUGGUCAUUACCUUCUAAAUGUUUCCACCUAUGGCCGUGGCUCCGAGCACCUCAGAAGGAAACUUGCUAUGCACCCAGAGAACCACGUGUCCCCGGAGGGACUCAAACUGGAAUUUGAAGAACAGGAGCGUGCAGUAGGAGACAGCAGCAGUGGAGAAGAUGGAGGAGACACAGAUGGGGAGGGCACAGCAGACGAACAGGAGUGUGUUUUGGUUAAUGAGGAACUUCUGACUCACGAGGAAAGAGGACAGCAGACAAACCCCCAGGCAAGCGCUGUAAAAGCAGAGCAAGUGGCUGCAAGCUGGAAGGGCAGGGGCACCCACCAGUUCUCAUCAACCCAGGAAUUUGCAAAAGCCAUGGGAAGGGGUUUUAUUCAGGUGCCCCAGGAAAAAGCAGCCCAGACAGUGAGGGGGGAAAUGCGAUCUUGGAGCGCAGAGCUUCACCCUGAUGCAACAACAAACUCAACCCCACCCCAGCCCCUCCUCCUAUCUCCCUCGCCACCUUCUCGGCUCUUUGGGAACCCUGCUGCUGCACAGCUUGUUGGCCCGGGCUACAGCGGCACAAUCAAUGUCUCCACUUCACCAGACAUGCACCAAGAGGCACUUCUGACAGGAUUAUCAGAUCCCAGCAGCAUAGGGGACGUGGUGUCCUUCUCUGUGACUGUGACAACCAUCCCCGCCAGCCAGUCAGCAAACACAGGAAGCCAUGGGCAGCCCCUCCCUGCCCAGGCCUUUUCUGAAACCGGUGGCUUGGAGGACCUGCCCUCCAAGUGUUACUGCCGUUUGAAAGCCAUGAUCAUGUGCAAGGGCUGUGGGGCUUUUUGCCACGAUGACUGCAUUGGCCCCUCCAAACUCUGCGUCUCCUGCCUGGUCGUCCGGUAGCAGGGAGCCUCCUGGCAUCUCCGUUGGAGGGACCAGCUGCUGAACAGGGAGUCCGACCCAGCACCUGCUUGCUUUCUUUGGAGAGCCAAGGCAUCUUGCACAGCCAGCUGAAAUCUUGGGACAAGUGUUUGCACUUAAGGAAUCGUGUAAAUAGGUUGCAUCAGUUUUUGUCUUAAAAAUAUUUUUUGUUUCUUUCAGUCUCUUCAGGUAAAUAUGUUGACUCAUAUUUCACUGAGUCCCCUUACCAGUUUCUGGUUAGUGGAAGCAGAGCCUGGUGAGUCCCUCAUCUCACAGUCUGUUCCUUGCUGGGUCGCAUCAGCUCACUGAGCCCCUCCAACAAGCUAGUCAAGCCCUGCCCUGCCCUCCCUUUCCUUUCCCCCCAGAAGAGUCCACAGUGCCGUUUGUGGGGGCUGAUGGGGUGCUGGUCCUGGCUAACUAGUUCUUUCUAACUGCAUAUAACCUACAUGAUAUCGUGACUCAGUGUAGCAGCCAGGAUUUACAGACUAGACAUACAAUGAAUAACAUUUACUUU